AUGUCCUCCACACCAAACCAACGGCUCAAUGCUUUAGUUGAGCUUGUUAAAGAGCUAAAGGCCGACCACAAAGGGUUUAAAGGGCUUGCAGCAAAACAAUUCCAGGUUCUGAGUGCCAAGGUUCAACUCCUCCAGACCAACAAUAAACAUCUGAAGCAUGAGAAUCAAGACCUUAAGAAACAAAUCAAUUAUGUUGACAACAAAAAUGCUGGCAAGGAUAGCGAUGACAGGACAGUGUUGGAGGGCUCCAGUGAUCUGCCGGAGGCAGUGUCCCAGAUCCCUAACAAUGGUGCAAUGUCCGCUGACCAAGCACAGAAGAGUCUUGAUGCUGUUUCGUCAAAGCCUGUCAGAGUGAAUGUCGAGAUAGAAAAAAGACUCACCCACUAA